UACCGUGCCUGCAAAUAAGACAACUCUGUCAUUGAAUGAAAACAAAUAUAAACAAUCGAUUUUUUAAAUGACAGCUGUCUCAACUGUCAUCUCUAAUAAAGUGAAAAUUUGUGAAAAUUUUGUAUAUUUUUUUUCAUUUCCUAACAAAAAAUCUAAUUUCACUACUAAUUCAAUGCUUGAAAAAAUCACAAAAUGUCCGAUGAUGAAAGUAUGUCUUUAGGACAAUAUAAAAUUAAGGCUUCCACUGUGUGGACCCAACGAAAACGUACACAACAGGGUCGAGAAGUAAACAAUAGCGAAUACGAUGAAAUGUUUGGAGAGCAUAUGGAAAACUAUAGUGUGGAAACGACGGCACUGCAUCGUAAGCUACAAAGUAAAAUGGAGGCUUUACGUAUACUACGCAAGGAAUUGGAAAAGUUUCGCACAGAACGAGAUCAAUUCAAAUUGAUGGCCGAAACUUUGCAAUUGCGUUAUGCAGCCUUGAGACGCAAUAGUCUAUCGGAUAUGGGUGGUUUUACCAGCGAUACCAGUGGAGUGCCCGGCAGUAGUAGUAAAACUAGUGUGGCAAAGAUUUUACACGAAAGUAGAGAACGAAAUAUUAAACUUACCACAGAAGUUGAGGCUUUAAAACAAAAACUAUCCGAGGUUCAGGGUGACAUUGAGGUAUUAAGAGGAUGUCAAAAACCUUUACCCGAAGAAGCGAAAAAAUCUCAAAAAACAAAAGUUUCUAUUAAAGAGGACUCUUCUGUGGAUGUUUGUACUAAGGAUAUGUUUUUACAGUGGAAACAAGAACGCUCAAAUUUUAUUUGUCACUUGGAACAAUUAAAGAAAAAGAAUGCUCAAUUAGCUUUUGACUUAAAAGCGGUUAUCGAUGAAAAAGAAGAAUUAACAAAUGAACGCGAUGCCUACAAAUGUAAGGCACAUCGUUUGAAUCAUGAAUUGCUGGUGGCUUUAAAAGCUAAGGAAACUCAUCCCAAGUUCCUUGAUAUUGACAGUAUCAUUUUGGAGAAUAAGUACCUGAAUGAACGUUUAAAGAAUAUCGAAAAUGAAGUGGAAAUAACUAAACAUUCAUUAAGCAAAUACAAGACAAUGUUGGAAACAAAACGUAAAAAAGGUAUUAUGAAAUUAGGUGCUCAAACACUCAAUUUCGAUGAAAAUAUAUUAUCACAUAAACAAGUUAAAAACCUCUUGGAAAGUGGCAUUGAUUUACCCACAAAAACUGAAACUAUACAGGAUUUGAAAACAUUAUGUUUAACUCUAUUGGAUAAUCUAAAUGAUAAAAAUUUAGCUCUUAACCAUCAAAAGAAAACCAAUAAAAUAUUGGCUACAAAAAUAGCUGAAUUAGAACAGAGAAUGAAAUCUUUGGCCGGUAUUGAAACAAGUAAUGAUGAUCAAGGUUUCUCAGCCUCCGAAUUUCUUCUUAGAGGCUAUUGUCCCUCACUGGUCGAUACUAAUUCAAAUUCUGGCCCGGAGGAGCAAGAGAAAGCAACAAAAACCAGAAUAACUUCAGCCACUACCAACACCACUUUUAAAAGUACAACAUCAUGUGGUGAGAGUCAAGUAACCGAAGAUUCUGGUACAAUGUCAUCGGAAAAUGAAGAAUCCAUAAAAAUAACCAAUGCAGGCAAUUCCGAUGAUGCAAUGUCUUCUUUGUCCACAGAAUCAGGACGUAGUAUACAAUCAUCUGAAUAUGAUUUAACUAAUCAAGAUAUGAUGACUCCAUUAAAUUUAAAUGAUUUCACUGAUGCCGCUCUUUUUACGUAUAAAACACCCUCCACUACCUCUGGUUCGGCAGGUGGUAAAACUCAGCGACAAGAUUCUUCAAGAUCCCUAAUACUACCCAAUGCCAUAGUGCGUGAAAGAAAUGAUGAUUUAAAAGAUUUACCACCUGAAUUGGCUGCCUUGGUGCAAAAAGCUUUACACGAAUUGGAUUUAAGGGAUUUUGAUGAAGUUGUUGGUGGCAUUUGUGAAGAUGUGGCCGUAGAGGCCAAGGAAGAGGAGGAGGCUGUUCACUCCAAUAUAGAGCAAACAAAUAAUGAUAUUUUAGAAGAAGAAUUGAAUAGUGAAGAUGGUGCCAUUGGUGGUGUCUGUUCGAAUUUAAUUGAGGCUAAUUAAAUGAUUAAUUUUCAAUUUUUUAAAUUCCUUUUACUAAUCUCCCACAUUCUCCAAAAUAUAUAUUUUUAUUUUCUAUUACCCUAAUCCAUAUCAGCUAUAAACUAACUCUUCAUUUAAACACAAACCAAGUUGGUCAAACGUAAACAAAAAUACUUAUAGCUAAAUUCGGUAAUAUUUGACAAAGUAACCCUCCCUCUCUAUACAUACUUAACAAACAAUUAUAUAUUUUCUAGUCACUGUUUUAAGAAAGAAAAACUACAAAAAAAAAAAAAAAACAAAUUAAUAAA